AUGCUCGCCUCGAACGGCCACGGCGACCCGCCACCGCCGUACGCCCUCGACCUGCUCGCCCUCGACCCGGACCAAGUCCACCGCUUGUUCGCCGACCUCGGCUUCCCCCACUACCGCGACCAGCUCCAAGACCACGGCAUCUCGGGCGACGUCCUCAUCCACCUCGACCAUGCCGCCCUCAAGGACGUCGGUGUCCACUCGGUCGGCCAGCGCCUCGCCAUCCUCAAGGCCGUCUACGACCUCAAGGUCGCCCAGGACAUCCCCAUCGAGGACGGCCACUAUGUCCCGCCGUCCGAGGACCUCGACGGCGCAGGCCCGCUCCCGGCGUACCAGAUCCUCGGCCUCUUGUCGGAACGAGACGAGCGCAUCCAUCGCCUCGAGAGCGAGGUGCACAGCCUCCACUCGGCCCUCAUCAACCUGCGCGAGGACUCGCUCAACGUCGCGAGAGGUGGUGGGCCAUCGACCAAGCCGCGCCCAAGCGUCCGCUCCCCGACCGGCCUCGGCUUUGUCCACCCGCUCAGCAACUCGUCGACCCUGUCGCGCUCGUCGUCGACGCCCUCGCGCCCGCGCAACCCGCCGCCCGUCGUCGGCGCCUCGAGCACCCUCGCCCUGCCGCACCACGCAGGCGGCGGCGGCCUGCCCGACUCGCCCCACAGCCCUGUCGUCGACUCGCCGAGGACGUUGGGCGACUACCAGUCGCAGCAGCAGCAGCAGCAGCAGCAGCAGUACCCGCAGCACGGGCAGCAGUACCAGGUCGUGAACGGCCACGCGCUGCACGAUGGCGCCUCGACGGCGGCGACGGGCCCGCAGGCGCCGCACCUCCAGCCGGCCGAGAUCAGCAUCAGCGGCGUCGCGACACCUACCACCCCGACGGCGCCCAUGCUCAUCCACCCAGACUCGGGCGGCGGUGGUGGUGGGACGCCCAACUCGCACCUGCACCCGUCAUCCUCGUCGGCGUCCCGCAACGGCGCGUCCGACCCGUCCUUGUCGUCGUCGACCAACCCGACCACGUCGUCGUCGUCGUCGUCGCUGUCGCCCUCGGCGUCGACAUCCCGCACGCGCGAGGGCUCGUCGACCUCGACCUCGACCUCGGCCGACAACCCGUACCGCUCGUUCCGCGUCACGGUCGAGGACCCGUGCUACAAGGUGCUCCCGGCCGCGCUCAAAAAAUACAAGAUCAACGACGACUGGCGGCUGUACGCGCUCUUCAUCUGCUACGGCAACACGGAGCGGUGCCUCGCGUACGACGAGAAGCCCCUCCUCCUGUUCCAGAAGCUCAAAGAGUCGAACGACAACCCCGUCUUUAUGCUGCGGCACAUCAAGGACAUCAAGAGCCCGAUCGCGGUCGCGACGGCCAAGCACGCUGCGCGCAAGGACAAGCGCCCGGCGGGUAUCGGCGGCGGCGUCGAGCGCAGCUUGAUGGGCGUCAACCGCGACGGGACCGCAGCGCCCGGCGGCGCGUCGUCGGCCAUGGCGAUGGCGAACCCGGCCAACGGGCUCCAGGGCAACGCGCGCCCGACGAGGCUGCACCACCCGCCCGUGUUGCUCCCCGUCGGCAAGGACAAGGACAAGGACAAGGGCGACGAGGCGGGCGAGGGCGAGGGCGGCACGGACAAGAAGGACGAGGGUGGGGCAACGACGACGACGACGGGCAAGAAGGCCCAGGGGUACUGCAUCGCCAUCUACCCGUACCUCGCCGAGCGCGAGGACGAGUUCGACGUUGCCGUCGGCGACACGUUCGUCAUCCUGUCCAAGACCAAGGGCUGGUGGGUCGUCCACCGCGACCAAGCCUCGCCUUCGUCGUCCUCGAACCUGUCGUCGUCGACCUCGUCCAACCCGGACCCGUCGUCGUACUCGCCCUCGCCCGCGCCGAGAAAGUCGGCCUGGGUCCCCGCCGGGUGCCUCCUCGAAACGUCGGUCCCGCCUUUGUCGCUCUGUGGCGGCGCCGCAGCGGCAUCGUCGGGCGAGGCGUCGUCCCCCUCGGCGGCCAAGACGCCCACCUCGGCCACCUCGACCUCUGCCGGCGGGCCCUCUUCCUCCUCCUCCUCCACCACCCCGACGACAUCCGCCUCCUCGACAGCAGCCGCAGCCGGUGUCCCCGCGCACGAGGGCAACGCGGCGACCGUCCCGAUCCCGCCGUCGCUCGUCGUGUCCGUGUCGACGCCCGGCGUCGCCCUCAUGGACUACGUCCCUCGCGGCGCAGGCGAGCUCGAGGUGCGCAAGGGCGCGACGCUGCGCAUCCUCAAGCGCUACAACCACUGGAGCUACGCCGUCAAGGACGAUGGCGGCCGAGGCUGGCUCCCGAGCUGGUUCUGCGGCAGGGUCACAAAGACCGACUCGGCGGCGGCGGCGGCGGCAGCUGGAGCGGGAGCGGGAGCAGGAGCAGGAGCAGGAGCGGGCGGCAUGACGCCGUCGACGCCUGUCGCGCCCGAGUCGGGCCACGCUCCGCCGCCCUCCUCGGCGGCCGGCAGCGCCCCAGCGUCGUCGUCGUCCGCGCCGGCCGGCGGCUCGGGCAGCGCCACCAGCUCCGGCGGGAGCGCGACGCCCCGCCCUGCGACGGCGCCCGGCGGCGCGCCAAAGCCGCCGCUCAGCGUCAACGUGCCGCCGCUGCUGCCCGGCGCGAGCGGCGGGGCGCGCAGCGCCGGGGCGGCCAUGAUGCUCGAGCCGUCGACGGAGGAGGAGACGGGAGCACGAGGGAGCGGUGGCGGCGGCGGUACUGGUGCGCCGGCGGGCAAGGACCUGCAGGAGUGA